AUGCCCGUUGAUUACAGCAAAUGGGACGCGUUGGAGCUCAGCGACGAUUCCGACAUUGAAGUGCACCCCAACGUAGACAAGAGGUCCUUCAUCCGCGCCAAGCAGAGCCAGAUUCACCAGGAACGGCAGCAGCGCAAGCUCCAGAUCGAAGCCUACAGAUACGAGAACGUCAUCCACGAUGGCCUGCUCGAGCGGCUCUCGGCCAUGACAGCAUCGCUCAGACGCCACGCCUCGGAAGCAAGAGGCUCGGCCGACGACGCUGCGGCCGACGUCGCCCUGAAGGCCCUGCUGGAAACGAACCCCGGGCCGACGGCGGACGCUGUGCCCCCGCGGCCAGAGGGACUACAGGGGGACGGCUCGGCACCCGCGACGUACUCGCAGAUGCUCGCGGGGCUGAUUGACGAGGUCGCCCAGAGGCUUGGCGAGAAGAAGGAGGCGGAGCGGUACGACGCCUUGAUCGGAGAGCUGGAAGGGCACGCCAAGAAAAUCCAGCGGCUGCAAAAGGAAACCGCGGAGAAGCUGGACAAGUUGGUCAAGGAAGAAGGCAAGAAGAUUACCAGCGACGACAUUCACACGGGAUUCGACAGCUCCCACGUUUCGAAGCCGGCGCCGGCCGAGAAGAAGGAUGCUGCCUCGACAGACGUCCAGCUGCUGAACCCCAACUUUGCCGCCUCUGGCGGAUCCCCAGCCGCGAGCUCCAAGGGGGGCGCGGACGGUGACGAGGAGGACAUGGAAGCAUCUGCAGCUGCCAAGCGGUUCGCGCUGAUACCCGUCAAAGACUACGCCGCCAGCCUGCAGUACAUUUCGCAGAACCCGCAGAUCCUGACGGAGCGGGAAACAGACGGGCUGCUGGUGCUGGCGUUUGACGCGGCGCUGGAGCGCAAGGACGACUACUCUCGGCAGUGCGUCCACCAGGCUCUGCUCCUGCAGUACUGCCGGGCGCUGGGGAAAGACGGCGUGGGCCUCUUCUUCAGGCGAAUCACGACAAAGGGCCACCAGGCCCAGGAGGUCUUUUACAAGGACGUCCAGGACACGUACAUGCGCAUCAGGAACCGAUCGAGAGAGAUUCUGGCCGAGCGAGCCCAGGGGGCGGCAGAGGAGGGCGUCGAGCAGAUCCAGCUCCACGCCGUGGAGCCGGGCACCGUCAUCCAGAUCAAGGUGCCGGCGGCGGACAGCCAGGAUGGCGACGAGAGGAAGGCGCGCGAAAUCUUUGAAGGCUUCAGCCCGGAGAUGAAGAAGGCCCUGGAGUCGGGAGACCUGGAUCAGGUCAACAAGGUUCUGGGCGGGAUGAAGGUCGACGAGGCUGAGGAAAUGGUGGCCUUGUUUGGCGAGGCGAAUAUUCUCAGCCUCGAAGAAGACAUUAUCGACGCGACGACGGAGGAGGGCCAAAAGAAACUCGAGGGCAUGGCAGCCGCUGCGAAGGCGGGGGCAGAGGGGGACGAGCCAGCGGGAGACGCAGAUUAG